AUCUAGCCCACAACAAACUUUGCCUCGGACAAAAUGUAUUUGUGAGUAGCCCGCUCUAACUUCAGCCUCGGAUGAAUCAGUAUUGAGAACUUCAGAAAAUUUACGAGGCAAAAUAUUUGGAACAGAGAAACCAUCCUAAACUGAAUAAUCAUUUACCGACAAGAUGGUUCGAGCUUGGUUCAUGGACAACGAUUCCUCUGAUCAGCGUUUAGAGCACCAGCUCAAUCCACCGCAGUUUCUGGAUCUUACCGAUUUGUACAACAAAACGGGAGUGGAGUAUUUCAAGCUCAACGCGGAAACUUUCAACAGCGACGGUGUGCUAGAGAAAAUUCGGAAGGACAGAGGUUAUAGCUUUGAGGACGAAAUAACUUGCUCGAAGGAGUGCCUUCCGGACUAUGAAAAUAAGCUUAAAAACUUUUUUACUGAGCAUCUUCAUACAGAUGAGGAGAUCCGCUUUGUUAUUGAUGGUUCAGGAUACUUUGACGUACGCAAUGGGGAAGAUGACCGUUGGAUUCGCAUUGAAGUGAUUGCGGGCGAUAUGAUUGUUAUCCCCAGUGGCAUCUACCACCGAUUUACGUUGGAUAUUAAGAACUACAUUCGAGCCAAGCGCUAUUUUGUGGGAGAACCAGUGUGGUUACCUUAUAAUAGACCAGCAGAAGAAAUGUCAUGUCGCAAGGAGUAUUUGGAAAAACUUAAAACUGGUUUUGCUGCCUAGGGAGAUCAUUCAAAGCCGAAAUCUACGUAUUUCCAGUCGUUUGGUAAUUUUUUACGUUUUUCUGUUUAUUUGAAGACAAGUGCCUAAAACAUAACUGCGUAUUUUACAAUAUACAAUAUACACAUGAUACUCUGCAAGAGAAAAUAUUGAUUGAAUAUAUUUGUUUUG